UAACGAAAGCAAACGGUUUGCUGAAAUGCUGAUUGCUGAUUUCUAAUUAAUAAAUAUUAAUUGUUUUGUACAGCACCCAGCAGGAGUCUGGACGUGUUGGACUUGAAAAUAUUAAAUAUUUUUACGUCAGACACUUGGACGUUUGAAUAGCCAUUUCCUCUUAAUUUUAAAACAUGAAUGCCCCACCGACGUUUGAAUCAUUUUUGCUGUAUGAUGGAGAAAAAAAGAUAGUCAAGGAAGUGGAUACCAAAGUGACAAAUGCUGCAAUUUUUACAGUAAACAAAGAAGAUCAUACUUUGGGAAAUAUGAUCCGGAACCAAUUACUUAAAGACCCUAAUGUACUUUUUGCUGGGUAUAAACAACCACAUCCACUGGAGCAUAAAUUUGAACUUCGCAUACAAACAACAUCUGAUUAUACACCUCAAGAUGCUUUAACUAAUUCUAUAACUGAUCUCUUGGCUGAACUUUCUUUGUUUGAAGAACGUUUCAAGGAAGCUUUAAGGGAGAAAAAAGAAGGCCUUGAUUAAUAUGAUUAGUAUAAGAUUCUAAUAUAUUUYGAUUAA